AUGAAAUUAUGGUGUCUGCUUGUCAUUUUUUUAAUUGUUAUUAUCUCAACAGCAUCUGCGUAUACUGAUGAUGAUUCGAAUGAAUUCGAUUCACCCAACCAUCUAGAACAAAUUUCAUCAAAUUCACCAUUAUUAUCUGUCAUGAAACGAGAUCGAUUAAUUGUCAAACGUUCACAACGUAAUGCAAAUAUACUUUAUAGAUACUGUCGUCAAUCUGGUCAACCACGAGAAUUUUGUCUAAAAUAUGCCGUUCGUAUGAUAUUUGCUACAGGACAUUAA